AUGGGGCAGCUGGGGAGGAGACGCGCGAGUCUGUGUGCCAGCCUGAAGCCUGCGGCACGGUGGGGCGGCCGGACGGCCGAGGAGGAGGAGCUGCACAUCCCGUUUGCACAGGACAGCCUGGUGAAGCAAUGGAGCUCCAUGCAGAACGUGGCAGACCGGAGCCAGGAGGAGAGCAAGGUCCCAGUCCGGAGGAACAAGUACUUCCUCAACAUCAAUGUGGGUGGCAAGCUGUUCCACAUCGCCUGCAGAGUGGUGGCCCGGUACCCCGUCACCAGGCUGGGGAAGCUGGCCACCUGCACCGACCCUACGAAGAAGCUGAAGCUCUGUGAUGACUACUGCGUGCAGAGGAACGAGUACUUCUUUGACAGAGACCCUUCCAUCUUCCACUACAUCUUCCACUUCUACUGCAGCGGGGUGCUGUGGAUAAUGGACGAGAUGUGCCCCAGCAACUUCGUGGAGGAAAUCGAGUACUGGGGGAUCCACCUGAAGCACGCCCAGCGCUGCUGCCGGAUCCUGUUUGAGGAGAAGCAGGACGAGCUCAGUGAGUACCUGAAGAUCCAGAAGGAGCUGGAGGCAGAGCUGGAGCCCAUGGACUCGGCAGGGCAGUUUGAGGGCAAAUGCUUGGGGAAGUUCCGCAGGGCCAUCUGGAACCUCAUUGAGAACCCGUAUUCAUCCGUCCCGGCCAAGAUCAUCGCCGUCAUGUCCAGCUUCUUUGUGCUCAUCUCCAUCGUGGGCAUGACGCUGAGCACGGUGGAGGAGAUGAAGCACAAGACGGGGAAGAAGUGGAUGGAGCAGAUGGAGAUGAUCUGCGCCAUCUUCUUCACCUCCGAGUACCUCAUGCGGCUCAUCUCCUCCUCCAGCUUCAAGAACUUCCUGCGGGCGGCGCUCAAUGCCAUCGACCUGGUGGCCAUCCUGCCCUUCUACAUCCAGAUCCUCUUUGAAAACCUGGACGAAGGAGAGACGCUGUACCACGAGGAGCUGCACAAAGUGGAGAACGUGAGCAAGCUGGGCAAAGUGCUCAAACUCAUCAAGCUGAUGCGGAUCUUCCGCAUCCUCAAGCUGGCACGGCACUCCACGGGGCUCCGCGCCUUCGGCUUCACCAUGAGGCAGUGCUACCAGCAGGUCUGCUGCCUCUUCCUCUUCAUCGCCAUGGGGGUCUUCACUUUCUCUGCUCUCAUGCACUCGGUGGAGCACGACGUGCCGGGCACCAACUUCACCAGCAUCCCCUACGCGUGGUGGUGGGCAGCGGUCAGCCUCUCCACCGUGGGCUAUGGGGACACAGUGCCCGACACGGUGCUGGGCCGGAUUGUGGCAUUUGGCUGCAUCUCCUUUGGCAUCAUCCUCAACGGCAUGCCCAUCUCCAUCCUCUACAACAAGUUUUCGGACUACUAUGCCAAGCUGAAGGCACACGAGAACGAGAGCAGCCUCUCCCUGAAGCUCUCCAGGCGGCUCCGUCUGAAGCAGCGCAUCCUGCAGAAGCUGUCGCAGUGCUGCUGCCCCGACCCCAGGCAUGUGGGGUACUGAGCUGGGGAGCAGCCCCGGCAGCAAGGUUUAAUAAAGCAGCCCCAAACCGUG